UCCAAUCGUUCGGUCCGGCCUGGGGUCCGCUCUUUUCGUUGAAUGUCGGAUCUGGUUCCCGGGGCGACACCGGGCCGCAAGCGGCGUUGGGGCCUAGCCCUGCUCGGAAUUGUUAGUGGAACUGGACUCGCACUGUCCCUGGGCGCCGCCCCAUUUGUGGCCCCGGCUCUGAGGAAGGUCUGUCUCCCCUUUGUCCCUGCCAGCCCGGCUCAGGUGGAGGUAGUGCUGCGUCUACUGAAAGGCCGCAGGGGAGAGCUGGUGGACAUCGGCAGCGGCGACGGCAGGAUCGUAAUUGCAGCAGCAAAGCAAGGGUUUCGAGCUGUGGGUUAUGAGUUGAAUCCUUGGUUGGUUUGGUAUGCUAGAUACAAAGCAUGGCAGGAAGGAGUGCACCACAAUACCAGAUUUUAUAUCUCUGACUUCUGGAAGGUUGAUUUCUCAGAAUAUAAUAAUGUUGUCAUAUUUGGAGUUCCUCAAAUGAUGAAGUCCUUCGAGGAGAAACUUCAGAGCGAGUUGAAGAGCAAUGCUAGAGUUGUAGCCUGUCGUUUUCCAUUUCCCAGCUGGAUGGCUGUUCGUGAGUCUGGAAAGGGAAUCGAUACAGCCUGGUUGUAUGAUGCAAAGUCAUUUAAAACCACAGGAAAGAAGUCUUAAAAACAAAUGAAUGGAUAAGACAGGCAUAAUUUUCAUUUGCUGCAGAGUGACUACAGAUUGUUUUCAAGAAUUAAAUGGUGGCACAUCAUCAGUGGAAGUGAUCUAAUCAGCUUGGAGUUGCAGCAUUGUUUUCAAACUAAUCAUUUGUUUUCCCCAAAGGUCAAAUAAUUGCAAAUAAUUGAACUUAUGUGCAAAAAUAUCUGAUUCUACUUUAGCAGAUUCAGUUUACAAAAGUAUCAUUUUAAGUGAACAGUGUAUAGGUGUGAUAUUUAAUACAAUACCAGAAAUGUUGCUAAUUAAAUCUUUAAUUGUCU